GGGGAGGGCGUCGAUCUUUCCUAGGGGAGGUUCGUUAGGGUGAAGGGUGUGGGAGGAGAACUCUGGGCAUAUUAGUGUAGAUCGCCUCCCUCCCCCCCUCCCCCAAACCAUUUUUCGGGGACUUUAGGGGACCAUAAAUGCUCUGUGUUGUAAGAGUCUUAGAAAACAUCUGUUCAACACUGUUUUUUGUUUAUUUUAGGGAAGUUGAGGGUAUGUGAGGAGAAGUUGCUCAGCUCAGGGUGCCCUGCCGGUCAGUGACAGAGCAGGUGCUAAAACCAAAUCGCUGAUUCAGAGAAGGCUCUUCUUUUUAUGCUAUAGGACUUCUUGCUUGGGACUUUUGACCUUAUGGUUUUCCUCUCUAAGAGAUCCCAGUGCAUGUCUCCUGUGGAGAUCAUACUUCAAAAGACAUGGUGAGUCUACUAAGGGAGGUACCGUCAGGCACCGCGGAACUCAGAUGUCAGGGACUGUUGUCAGAGUGCCCCCAUCUCUGCCAUUUCCCACCUCUCCUUCCAGACUUUAUGGGCACAGUCUAUAAACUCCAGUGGGCCUUCCUCAAAGAGGCCCUGGAAGUCACCUUUAGGAGACUUCAUUCUUCUCCACAGCCCAGUUUUGCUGGUUGUUUCAUCAUCGGAAACUAUAGGAAGGAUAGAGGUAGGAAUUUUCUUGUCUCUUCUAUUUGCUGAUGGGGGACUAGAGACAAGAUCCAGAUGCCCAAGUAUCUAGAACCCAAUAUUAUAAAUUAGAGAGGAUUCAACUGGGAUCAGGAGCCUUGGUUUCUAGUUCCAGCCCUGUCAACAGCAGAUUCUAUGAUGUGGGUCUGUCCACUUCCGCCCUUGGGAGUGCAAUUCCUCUAUUGUGAAGGGACUGGCAUUGGUUAGACAAUGUCAGGUUGCUGCUAGGAGCUCACACUUCAUGUUCUUGGCACCAGGAAGACUUUUCCAAAGAGAGGAAGAUCCUGAAGUACUUCCUAGGUAUCAUGGAUCCGCUCAACCACACGUGGACCCAGAGUUUCAUCCUCUCUGGUUUCAGUGUCCCCGGAACCCUGCGACCUCUUGCCUUCUUGGGGACCCUGUGCCUCUAUCUCCUCACACUGUCCGGGAACCUGUUCAUCGUUGUCCUGGUGCAGGUGGAUGCUGGACUGUCCACGCCCAUGUACUUCUUCAUCGGUGUCCUCUCCUUCCUGGAGCUUGGGUACGUCAGCGCCACGGUGCCCACGCUGCUGCACACGUGGCUCCGUGGGCGCUCAGCCAUCUCGGCAGCGGUGUGCUUCAUCCAGCUGUACGUCUUCCACUCCCUGGGCAUGACCGAGUGCCAUCUGCUGGGCGUCAUGGCGCUGGACCGCUACCUGGCCAUCUGCCGCCCACUCCACUACCGGGCACUCAUGACCAGAAAGGUCCGGUUCUGGCUGGCAGGGGCCGCUUGGGUGGCUGGCUUCUCAGCGGCACUGGUGCCAGCCAGCCUCACGGCCACCCUGCCCUUCUGUCUGAAAGAGGUGGCCCACUACUUCUGUGACCUGGCACCGCUGAUGCGGUUGGCGUGUGUGGACGCAGGCUGGCACGCUCGAGUGCACGGGGCGGUGAUUGGUGUGGCUACUGGCUGCAACUUCGUGCUCAUUUGGGGACUCUACGGGGGCAUCCUGAGGGCCGUGCUGAAGCUGCCCUCGGCUGCCAGCCGGGUCAAGGCCUUCUCCACCUGCUCCUCCCACAUGAUCGUGGUGGCCCUCUUUUAUGCCUCCGCCUUCACGGUCUAUGUGGGGCUACCUGGGAACCGCUCUGAGGGCACAGACAAGUGUAUUGCCUUGGUGUAUGCCCUUCUCACUCCUCUCCUCAACCCCAUAGUCUAUACCCUUCGCAACAAGGAAGUGAGGGAGGCCGUGAAGAGGGUCACUGUCAGGGUCAGGACUGUUCUGAAGGGACCCUGACAGGCUGAAUUGGUCACAGCUCAGCUGCUUGGCCACAGUGGGAACCGGCCGGUUGGUUGGUCAAUCAUCUGGUCAGGGUUGAAGUCCACACCAGUGAACGAAUCCAUCAGAUUAUUUGUCGAAUGUGCUGCAGACGCACACUAGGGGGACAUACCUGGGUUCAUCAGAUGUGAACAUGUAGGGAGAAGGGAGGUGUGUGUUCGAUUCCAUUCCAAUCUAACGGGGGGAAAAUGCCACAGAGGAGAAAGGAAAAAACCAGGGACCCCAUGCAAAUGCUUCUGCUGAACUUCCAAUCUGGGGAGACAGAGCAACGCUGAGCAGAUGAAGAUAAGGUGGGGGCGGAGCGUUGCCCAGAAGAAAAGGUGGGAGAGUGGAAAACAGGAGCCCAAAGCUAUGGCUCCCAGGUGUGAGCACAGGCAGAGCCAGGGGUGGUGGGCUAUUGGGUGGGGGAGGGCAGCUCCGUGGGGGGGAGAACACCCCCCCACCCUGGGAGCAGGAGGCCGGAGGCUGCAUUUUACAGUGUGCUCUCUUGGGGCAAGAGGGAGAUGGUGACGACGGGGGUGUUGUCUGAGUUCUCGCCCAAUGUCACGGACCAUUCCGGAGAAGGGAUCCGCAGCCGUGCUAAGUAAACAGCAACAGAAACAAAACCCGAGCAGCAAACAAAGAGCUUUGCAAAUCUUGCGUACUAAGCACUCACCUGCGAUGUAGAAAACAGGUUGAAAGAGAAAGCAGGGUCACGUUCUGUGCCUUCUUCCCCUUGGCUCUUCCUCCUGCCCCCCCCCCCCCCCCCCAAACCGAGUCCUCUGUUGAGCAAAGUCUGAAAGUUAAUGCUCAGGUUCAACCUCCGGACUCUGGUGACAUGUGGACUGAAGGUCAAAUGCCUGCCAAAGCGUGUCACAGGGUGAGAGACAGGACCCAAAUUUUGGCAGAGCUGAGGCCACUGUAUGGCUCUUGAAUACCCUAUCUAUUUUCAUUUUUAUACAAGUAACUGCUAAAAAACUCAAACCAAUUAUGUUUGGUAUGUCUGCCCUAUUUCGGAACACAGUGCUAGCUUCUCUCAAAUGUAUGCCUUUAACCUUCAUAAUAUCCCUCGGAAGAAGGAAGAAGCAUCCGAAUAUCGAUGUGAGGAAAAUAGUACGAUUUCUGGGCUGUGGUGAAGAGACACGGACCAGACCGGGAUCCAUGGGGCCACGGGUCUAAGGGUCAGUGGGUUCACCCUCACGGGCAUGACCUUGGUGAGUCGCAUGGUCUUGUCCUCUCUGCGUGAGCGCGUGCCCAUUCAUAUCCCUUCCUGCUUACGGAGCUUUGAUUCCAUGAUUGCAACACUGCUUAGAGAAAGCAGGGCCCGAAGGAGGCCCCCGUGGGCCAGAUCUGGACACCCAACACAGAGAGAGGAAGGUGUUGGUCCAAACCCCUGGUUUUGCUGCUUUUCGACUAUGUCAAAAAAAGACAGACCAAAAAAAAAAAAGUAACUUCUUUUUUACUUCUUUUUUGUUUUCCUUAAAAAAUUCUAUAACCAAGAGUUCUAAAAAUUAAGUGAAAGGACGCAUCCUAAGUGUUCAAUAUAUAAGUUAGCCAUAUUAGUCUAGAGGCGAGGCAGGGUAGUGAUUUAGAGCGUGGGCUUUACUGGCUAUCUGCCUGGGCUCGGACAUUAAUUCUACCAUUUACUUGCUGUGUGACCUCAGCAACGCACUUAACUCCCUGUGCCUCAGUUUCCUGAUCUGCAAAAUGAAGACAAUACUAGAACUUUUAGGCACUGUGUAAACACUUACUGUUCCCCCACAUACAGUUCUGCAGUGGAAAUUUCUUCCUGUGAGGAUGCUUCGUCUCACACAGAGCUCACAUUUUUAUUAUGGGUGACGUCAGUAGAAUUGGUAACAUGCUGAGCGAGGCAUCUUCUUUGGACCUAAGCAUCCGACGUCAGCGCUGCAGGAAGUCCAUGCCGCCUCCCUAAAUACAAGGUGCAGCACUCCGUUCUGCUGGCCGGUUAUGUCUUACUUUUCUGCUCUGGUCUUUUCUCUCCUCUUGUACCUCUUUUCACUCAGACAGCUCUUGUCGCAGGUGCGGUUAUGGGCACAAUGGAAACAGCUUUGUUCUCUGUGGGGGCAGCACCAGAGAGUGGCUGGGGGCUGCUUGCCCUUGCAGUGGCUUGGGUCAUGUUCAUUAAUAGCCCUGGGGAUCCCGUCCCUGUGUCUACACUCUGCAGUGUGCCUGGGGGCUCACAAUCCUGUUUUGGAGACAAGCAGUUAACAACUCAAGGCAGCAUCAUUGAUGUCUGGCACAGGGCUUGGUGUUCGAUGAUUUAUGAACAAAUCAAUGAAUAAACGGACGAGAGUCCCAGGAGCGUCAUGGAGAUUGAGCGCCCCUCUUUGAACCGCAGACGGAGACAGGGCCUUACUUAGUCUCUCCACAGCUCCAAACUCCCCUCGCCUUCAUUUUAUCAUCUUUCCCCUCUUGCAACCUCGGGUCCUUCCUUCUACAACCUGCAGUUUGGAUCAUCCCUAGUGCCCUUUCCCCACUGAUACAAAGAACUGGGGUGCUGAGUUGCUGACUCCUACCUCUAAAACCUGCCCUUUGAGUGGUCUUGUGGGGCCCGAAGGGGCUGGAGUCCCGGCCUGGCUGCCUCUGGCAGAAACCCAAGGGUUUUCUACAGAUAGCAUCACUUUUAAUGUGUGCUAUGACGUGAGAAAAAUGUUUGAGAAGCAAUGCCUGAUUGGGGUGAGCGCUGAAGGCAAGACCCGACUUUGUCGACUUCUCCCUCGGUGACCUCCGGAGAAGACUGUAGCAGGAGAGGCGGUGAGAACAAGCCAGCGCUUAUGAUACCAGAACCAGGCUAGCCGGUCUGCACGGGCAUCAAGGCUAACAUUCUGGCAUGCAAAGGGCUUGCCACACCGGCUGAAUGCAUCUGACAGCAAAGGAGGUGUUACUAGUAACUACCCUGGAA